GUUAGCCUUUGUCAUCUUAUGUUAACAAUACAUUUUGGAUGUUAGUUUGCUACUAGGAACUAUACAGUAUUAGAUAUUAAUAUUAAAAUGGCAUUAGAAACUCCAGUUUUCCCUCCUCAACAUGAACCUCAUCUUCCACCUGGGGUAGACCCUGAGGAAUGGAGAAAAACUCAUACCUAUGAACAUUAUAUUACUGCCUGUAUUGAUCUCACUGCUGGUGCUGCAGGUGGUACAGCUAAUGUGAUGGUAGGUCAACCUUUAGACACAAUCAAGGUCAAAAUGCAAACUUUCCCAGAGUUUUAUAAAAGUAGUUUGUUGUGCUUUCGUCAGACCAUAGCGAAAGAAGGUUUUCGAGGAUUGUAUGCUGGGACAGUGCCUGCACUUGCUGCUAAUAUAGCAGAAAAUUCUGUUUUGUUCUGUGCAUAUGGAGUAUGUCAAAAGUUGGUUCAGAAAAUAACAAAAACACAGAAGGUGGAGGAACUGGGACCUUUGUCAAAUGCGACGGCUGGAUUUCUUGCUGCUUUUUUCUCCUCUUUCAGUCUUUGUCCAACUGAACUUAUUAAGUGUCGUCUUCAAGCUAUGAGAGAAACAAGUUUAUUAGAAGGGAAUAAUUCUACUGUAAAAAAUAUUGGACCAUGGAGUCUGACGAAACAAAUCCUUCGAGAUGAAGGUAUUACUGGAAUGUUCAGGGGACUCGUUCCCACUUUUGCUCGAGAAAUGCCUGGAUAUUUUUUCUUUUUUGGUGGAUAUGAAUUUACAAGAUCUGCUCUUACACCUGCAGGAAAAACCAAAGAUGAAAUAGGUCCGUUACGAACUAUAAUAGCCGGUGGGGUAGGAGGAGUAUGCUUAUGGGUUUCAAUUUUCCCAACGGAUGUAAUCAAAUCAAGAGUCCAAGUCCAAGGAUCCAAAGAGAACAUGAUCUUUCUCAUGAGGAAGAUUGUUAGAACAGAAGGUAUUCUGGCUCUGUACAGUGGACUUGGACCCACCGUUUUACGAACUUUUCCAUCAACUGGUGCUCUCUUUUUAGCCUAUGAAUACACAAAAAAGCUUCUUCAUUAUGCCACUGGUGUUGAGCCAUGUUAAGGCAGGCAUUUACCUAAAACAAAUUCUGUUUUAUUUCAGACCCUUAUAUAAUUAGUAUGAUUUCAAAUAGAACUUGUAUAUCCAUAAAUAAGCAUGUAACAUUUUCCUUUUUUUAACCCAGAAAAAAAUAUUUUUGUAUUUAGUUUCACAUUCAUAAAGAUGUUACAAUUUUAUGUUCAAUGUUUAAAAAGGAAACAUGUUCAUUUUUCUCUUCCAAUAGUAAACAAAUAAAUGCAUUUGUUGUUACUUGAAAAAAUAUAUUCUGAAAGAUAGGUGAUUAUAUUUUAUGCCAUUUUCUGAAGUUCUGUCACGUGUAAUGGAAUUAAUGAAGUGUAAACAGGUCUGAUUUAUAUUUCUCUAGCUUUUGUGUUACCCACACCUAAGAAAGUUUUUGUUAUGUAGACUUCAAAAACCAUUUCUCUUCAUUAAAGCCUGUUUUACGUAAGACUUCUGGAGAACUUUAAUAUUUAACCUAAACAUUAAUGUCAUCGCAGUUAUAUAUAUAUUUUUCUGUUAACUGAAUUGAAGAAGUGGGUGUGUAUGUUAAAAAAAAAUAUAUUUUUCUAUGCAAAUAUGGUAUCUUUCCUCCCCACACAUGUAUAGUUAUUCUCAUUCAGUGAUACCAUCUAUAUGCAAAAAAUGUUUUCGCAUGCCACAUCCCUUGAGCUCCCAUGUACCUCACAACCAACAUGAUUCACUGCAUUUUGCAUGUAAGUCAUCAUGUGAUACACCCUCCCAACACAUGCGAUUCCCUCUGUUCAAUUCAACUGAAUUAUCACUUGUUAGCCAGUGAUUUAGUGCAGAAAUAUUUCAAUUGUGCUCUCUUCAUUGUUUUUUUUUUUUUCUGUGAAGUGGUGAUUUGAUUUAAUUGUUAUUUUGUUGCAGUUUGUUUUCUGUUAUUUUUAGGCACAAUAAAUUACCUGUGUUUAUCUUUUGUUUUUAAUUCUUCCCUGUUUAUGAUGAAUUCUGAAGUUCAUGUCACAACUUCUAAUAUUCUUCCACCUACUUCCAAUACCCUUACACAGCCUUCAGGUUGGGGGGAUCUCAACUGAGGAUUUUUUGGCUUUCAUUCAUCAAGAGUUUGAUCAUUAUACGAAUUGACCUUCUUCUCCCAAUAAUGUUCAACUUCCUCCUGAAUCUUCCAGACCUAUUCAUGAUGAGGUGGAUUUUGACAGUCUUUUUUCCUCCAUUUAAGUAUGUUGGUGCUUUUUAAAGCCUCUCCUGCAGAAUCAGCUAGGCUUAACUCGGCUGUUUUGGAUAUGAUUUCUCAGGUGUGUUCUGUUUUAUCCAUUUUCCAGAUUUCAUAUGAUCCUGUUCCUUCCAUGUUAUGUGUAACCCAUUCCAUAAAGACCUUGUUUUCCCUGCUUCUCCUGACAUAAUUUCAUUUCUCAGUUGAGAGUGGGUAAUAGCAUGCCUCAUCCUCCAUGGGCUUCUGAUCAUUAUGCUUUGGUUUAUCAUCAGACUGAUCAACUCCCAGCAGUUUGAGUCACUUUUGCCUGUGUGUGGGACUGACCUUGAAAAUCCUAUCUGUUUAUCCCACACAUAGUUUUCCUGCCUUCCUCUUACCCUUACAGAUCUCCUACGGUACUGGUCCACCAUACGCCUUUCUGUGGCACUCCACCGAUUCCCUGAGGGAUUUUAGGGGAUACCUUUCUCUCAUUACUUUCCCAUUAGAAUGAUUGUCCUUUUCAGCCCUAUCUCUUCACACAUAGUUUCUUACUUGUUGGGAUCUUUUUGGGAGAGAUACUGUCUUGUCACAUGUUCACCUGCCUUCCACUUAUCUUUGUGACUUACAGAUGGCUCCGUUUCUCCAUCGGUCUGAUUUUGGAGAUAUUCCUGAGUCUUUGGGAUCAUUUGUGGAAUCUGUGAGACAACAUUAGACCCUUUCAUCUGUGGUUGUUCAUUUGUCUCAUUCUGAUCCCAUACCCUUUCCUGUUACUGUUUCCCAUCUUUUACCAGUUCCUAGGGGUUUGACAAUUUGUAAUGUUUCUCAACGUCAAGUUCAUUGUCACCAUCAGUUCUGAUGACUAUCCAGUGGGUUUCCAGUCCAGUUGGGGCAUGUUUGGCUGAUUGUAUUCUGUGGUGGGAAUUUACUACCAAUCCUUGGGUGAUCCAAGUUUUGUCAGAAGGACUUUUCACCCAUUUCAUUUUCUCUGCCCCUGUUGUCUCCUGUACUGAUAUUCUUCCCAUUACCUCAGGAUACUGCUAUCAGUCAGCAUCUAUCCAAGGCUGUGCUGACUCUUCUAUCACAGAGAGCUAUCGAUUGCUGUUGGCCAGCCUUCCCCAGACUUUUUGUAGUCCCCAAAAAAACUGGGGGCUGGCAUCCCGUGAUCAAUCUGUUCUGCAUCAACCACUUUUUUGGAUCUUCAACUCUUCACCAUGGAAUCCUUUCUCACACUAUGGUGGUUUAUUUUUCCAGGACUGUGGAUGACCAAGGUAGACGUCUUGAAUGCUAUCUCCAUGUUCCUGUUUCUCAUCAGCCCAGAUGCUAUCUUCGGUUUGUCCAACACAAAGUUGUGUAUCCAGUUUCAUGCCUUGCCUUUCGGACUUGUUUCACCACCAUAUGUCUUUUGACGGGUGGUCAAAAACCUUUGCCCAACUUGUGCAUGCUUGUGGAUUGCAUUUACACCACUACAUGGACAACUGACUCCUGCUAGCUCAUUCUGAACUCAAGUUUUCACAGCACACACCUCUGCUACUGACAAAAGUAGCUCAUGUGGGUUGGAUUUUCAAGUUGUAGAAUUCCUACCUUUUAUCUAUUCAGUAUCUUAUCCACUUGGGUGUAUUUUUCAACACCCACUUUAGUUGGGCCCAAUCUUCUGCACUUCAUCUCUGUUCAAUGGAGCUUUCAGUUCUCCAUGCCCUUUCUGCUCCCUCUCUUGAAUAGAGGGAAUCACAUGCAUCAGAAGGGUGUGUCAAACUCCUAUUGGUGAAGGGUUAUCUCAUUAUCAUUUAGAUGCAAGACACAGUGAACCACAUUAAUCAUGGGAUAAGUGGGAGCUCAAGGCUUGUGGCGUGCAAAAAAUAUUUGCAUAUAGAGGGCAGCACUGAACGAGAAUAGCUAUACAUAUGAGAAGAUCUAAGUACCUAUCAGAAAUAUAUUUUUAAUAUAGGAAAAUAAUAACUUUUGUCCUUUUGGUAGGUGAUUAAAGUAUAGUAAUUUAAAGAAAAUAUUAAACUAAGGUUUGUAAUAUUUGACAUAUUAGAAUAGAAACUACUUUAUCAAAUGAUAUAAUUUGUAUAUGAAAGAAAAUUAUAAAGAAUUUUAUUUUGAAAUAUUAUUUCUAUAAAAAUUAGAAAAAAAAAUGCAUAUGUGAAAUCUAAUAUAUUGGAAUAGAAUCUUCAUAAAAGUGGUAAAAUGGUAAAACUAAAAAGUGUAGACUGUAUUGUGUGGACAUUUUUUAUACUUUUGUUGGUUUGAUUAAAUUAUACCUUUGUUUUGGCUUUUUUUGUCAUACUUUGUUUGCAUUAAGUAUUAAUAGAUAUUUUUAUAUGUUACUGAAUCUAGCUAGAAAUAAUAUUGUUUUUAAAUCACUGUCUUAUUUAUGUAGUAUUGUGUCAGUUAUAUAGUUCUGAAUGAGAGACACUUUUAUCAGCUAAAAGAGAUAUUAGACUGUUAUAAAGAUUUUUAGUUUUAGCAUAAUAAAUGGACUUACAUG